AUGACCAUUGAAGAAUAUAGGCCAGAUCAAAAAAACGUUUCCACUCCGUCUAUUGUGAGUGUGGAUGACAAGACAACUAAUGCUUCUCAUAUUUCCAAUGCUGGUCAAGACAAUGUCGACGACUAUAUUUCCAAGUUCUUGGAUAUGUCCAAUACCGCUAAGGCUGAAGAUGAAAGAGAUAAAACUAUGCCGCUUAAAGAAUGUAUAAGAACCUUCCCUAAAGCUUGUUUUUGGUCAGUCGUUUUAUCAACUGCAUUGAUUAUGGAAGGUUAUGAUACCAAUUUGCUUGCUAGUUUUUAUGCAUAUCAAGGUUUUGCUAAAAAAUUUGGUAGAUACUACGAAGAUUUAGGGGAAUAUCAAGUCCCUGCCAAGGAUCAACUUGGGUUGUCGAUGUGUUAUCAAACUGGUCAACUAGUCGGUGUUUACAUUGGUGCUCAUUUGGUCGAUAUUAUUGGUUACAGGUACACUCUUAUUCCAGCUUUGGCUUCAUCCAUUGGGUUAAUAUUCAUUCAAUUUUUUGCACCAAAUGUUAGUGUUUUGAUGGUUUCUUAUGUGUUGUUAGGGAUUAAUUGGGGUAGUUAUCAAACAGUGUGUGUUUCUUACGCCAUGGAUAUUGCCCCUACCACAUUGCGACUUUAUCUUACCACCUAUAUUAACUGUUGUUGGGUGUUCGGACAAUUGAUUUCAUCUGGGGUCGUUAAAGCAGUGCUGGAAAUGACAGAUCCUCAUGCAUACCGUAUUGCCUUUGCUAUUCAAUGGAUUUGGCCCAUUCCAAUUAUGACAGGUAUCUUUUUUGCUCCUGAGUCACCUUGGUUCUUGGCCAGGAAAGGUCGUUUGGAAGAAGCCAAACAUUCGUUGGAACGUUUAUUGUCUCAAAAUAAACAUAUCCCAGAUAAAUCUAUUGUUUCACAAAGUAUGUUGACAAAAAUCCAAAUGACUAUCAAAGAAGAAGACGCUGUUUCUGCUGGUUCAUCUAUUAUCGAAUGUUUUAAAGGAACAAACUUUAGAAGAACUAGAAUUGCUGCUUUUACUUGGUUAAUUCAAAACAUUACCGGUUCAAGUUUGAUGGGUUAUUCAACAUACUUUUACCAAAACGCCGGUGUACCAGUUUCCAUGUCAUUCAAUUUCUCAAUUAUUCAAUAUUGUUUAGGAAUUCUUGGUACCAUUGGAUCUUGGUUCUUGUCACAAAAAUGUGGUCGUUUCACAAUCUACUUUUAUGGAUUAUGUACUAUGACUCUUCUUUUGUUGCUUACUGGUGGUAUGGGUACUUCCGACAAGAAGUCACUUAGUAUGGCCGUUGGUAGUAUGCUUUUGGUUUACACAUUUGUUUAUGAUUUAACUAUUGGACCAAUGUGUUACUGUAUUGUUGGUGAGAUGCCUUCGUCCAAACUCAGAGCCAAGACAGUGAUGUUAGCAAGAAAUUUGUUUAAUAUUGCUGGUAUUAUCAUUGCUAUCGUAACUCCAUACAUGUUGAAUCCAACUCAGUGGAACUGGAAAGCAAAAUCGGCAUUCUUAUGGGCUGGUUUCGCAAUUUUAUCAGCUAUUUGGGUGUACUUUGAAUUGCCAGAAACUAAAGGUAGAACUCUUGCUGAAUUAGAUAAGAUGUUUGAAGAUAAAGUCCCAGCAAGAAAAUUCAAAUACACUACUCCAAACACUUUUGAUGCCGGUGAAAUGAUGGAAAAGAUGGGUAAUACUGGCCUUAAGAGUAUUGUUCUUGAUACUGAGCAUGUUGAGGAAGCAUCUCAUAUCGAAUCAAAAGUCUAA